AUGGCAAUGUGGCUCGCAAUACCGACAGAAGCGCGAUCCCCUCGAGACCUCUUCGAACGCGACGGGAAAUGUUCUGAUCCCACAUUUUCCCAGUGUGCCAACUCUGGCCUACCAUCGAACUUCUGCUGUCCUAGCGGAUCAACCUGUCUAUCACUGGCAGCGAAUACAACACUUCUGUGCUGCCCCAAAGGCUCGGACUGUUCAGCAAUACAACCUAUACCAUGUGAUAUAUCGAUGCAAGACGCAAGCCAGCACCCCGAUAAUAUCCUGAAGACGACGGCACUUACGGGGACUUUGCCAACCUGCGGAAGCCAAUGCUGCCCCUUUGGCUUCUCUUGCACGGGAACCACAUGCACCAUCAACACCAACCAAAAGAUCGCGCCCUCGACGAACCCAACCUCCACGUCCGUCUCCAUUGUCCCAACCAUCUCCUCAAACCCUUCCGCAAGCCCUAACUCGGCAUCAAACGGAACAGCAGCAGUCCUCUGCCAGCGAUUCCCUACCGAGGCCGUCCUCGUAGGAUUUUUCCCGGGCCUCUUCCUAGGAAUACUCCUCACCAUAAUAACCGUCUGCAUCAUUAACGCUCGCCGGCAAAAACGCCGCCGCAGCGGCUCCUCCUUCGGAAAUAUCGGUGAGCCGCAACUGUCAGGAACCGAUAUGCGAUCCGAUUUCCUACGAAAACCGCCCCAGACGCCCUCGACCACGGCGGGAGGAAGCACACGAUCACGCUCCCAUCGCGUGCGCUCUCUAUUCACAAAAUCGAAUUCCUCGAGCCCAAAACCGGGGAUGAGCAUGCAGGAGAGCCCUCGACCGAAUUUCCCCGCUCCGCUCGCGGUGCAGAGAUCAGCAACACAGGGGCAGAGACCGGGACGGCCGGUGACACCCGUCCUUCAGCGCGAACCGAGCUAUGAGAAUAUCAAUAUUUUCGCAGACGGAGACACAGCGAGUUCAUUAAGGGAACAACAGACGACACCUCAAGGGAGCUCGCAUAGUGGUGGAUUAGCGCCUCCGGCACGUAUAGGAGGAGAUGGGAGGAUGAGCAAUCAAACGACGUUUACGGAUAUGAUGGAGCAUAGCGGAUUAGCAGGACUACAAAAGGGCCAGCCAUAUGUGUAUAAAGGCGGCAACGCAACACGAUACUCGUCGAGCCCGAGGACGAAAGAGGUUUAA